AGAUCUAAUUUAUUUGCUAAUGAAGCUGGUCCUUACUUUAGUUCAACAAAAUCCUGUGAUAACCUAUACUCUUCUGACAAACAAACUUUAUUAUCUGUUCGUGUUCAAUCUAAAAUGGAUAGAGGUUUCUUUUUAGCUGAUAAUGACUGGACAUGCUAUAGACGCAACUAUUUCCAAGUAAGCAGUGUCUUUUCUGUCCAUGGUUUCAACCAUUAUUACUCUGUCAAUGAACCCCGUGUGUAUGUCAGGAUGGAAGAAGAUGGUUCUUUACAACCUGUUCAACGUUUCCUCCUUGGUAUUUCUGCUCGUGUAGCCAAUAGCGACAAGGAAAUCGAAUUAAUUCAACAUACUCCUAAACGUGACAAAGGCCCUCAAUUUAAGCCUGAGCCUAAGCCUAUCACACCUGGUGGUAACUUAACCAUGAGCUCAGUAGCCAACAAUCAAAAUAUUGUUACUUUUGAACGUGUUCAAUUCAAGACAGCCACUGCAAACAAUGGCAAGCGAAGAGCUGCUCAACAAUACUAUAUCUGUAUUGCUGAACUCUUUGCUGAGACAGACAGAAAUCAACUUGUCAAGAUUGCUUAUUGUCAAUCGGCUCCUCUUGUUGUUCGUGGUAGAAGUCCUGGUCAUUAUGCCGAUAAUCAAGAACUUCAUGAUGCUAGUCAUUCUGAUCCAUAUGCUAAUGAAGUUUACCACAAUAACCCUACUCCUACUUCUGAAGAACCCAAGAUGCCACACCAUUUCCAUAUGCAACAAACAGGUCCUAUUGAAUCUCCUCACAGUGGCUAUGACUGGCAACGUGCAAGAUAUAACAGUUCUUCUUCUGGUUCUUCAUCUGUUCCUUCUCCU